GGACGCGUCGCCGCCUCGCCCGCUGACGUAAGCCGCGCCAGGCCCUCCGUUCGUGCAAGGGGCUCUUGGCCUUCUUUCUCUCGCUGGCCCGCCGCCCGCUUGAGCAGACGCUGUCCUUUCCCCCUCCCCGGUCAGACCGAUAGGCACGGCAACAUGAGCAAAAAGGAAGUGAUUAUCUGCGACAAUGGAACAGGCUUUGUGAAAUGCGGCUUCUCCGGAACCAACUUCCCCGAGGCCAUCUUCCCGGCCAUCGUCGGCCGCCCCAUUCUGCGAGCCGAGGAGCAAAUGUCCAACCUUGCGGAGCUCAAGGACAUCAUGGUCGGAGACGAGGCCGCCAAGGUCCGGAACCUCCUCCAGGUCUCAUAUCCGAUGGAAAACGGCAUCGUUCGAAACUGGGAGGAUAUGUACCAUCUCUGGGCCUACACCUUCCAGGAUAAGCUGGGCAUCACAGACUACAAGGAUCACAAGAUCCUGCUGACCGAGCCUGCCAUGAACCCCAAGAAGAACCGCGAGAAGAUGGCCGAGGUUAUGUUUGAGCGCUACGGCUUCAACGGCCUCUGGAUCGCCAUCCAGGCUGUCCUGACGCUCUAUGCUCAAGGACUGCAGACCGGCGUCGUGGUUGACUCUGGCGACGGUGUCACGCACAUCGUCCCCGUUUACGACGGCUAUGCUCUUCCCAACCUCACGCGACGCCUGGAUGUCGCCGGCCGCGACAUCACUCGAUACCUGAUCAAGCUGCUUCUGCUGAGAGGAUACGCCUUCAACAGAACGGCUGACUUUGAGACCGUCAGACAGCUGAAGGAAGCCGUUUGCUACAUUGGAUACGAUCUCCAGCUGGAAGCCAAGCUGGCGGCCGAAACCACUGUCUUGAUGGAGUCGUACACGCUCCCCGACGGACGUGUUAUCAAGGUCGGAUCCGAGCGAUUCGAGGCUCCCGAGGCGCUCUUCCAGCCCCAUCUGGUCGACUGUGAGAGCGAGGGCAUCGCCGAUAUGCUCUACAACUGCAUCUCCUCCGCCGAUCUGGAUAUCCGUUCCGAGUUGUACAAGCACAUUGUCCUUUCGGGCGGCACCUCGAUGUACCCGGGUCUCCCGAGCCGCCUUGAGAAGGAGGUCAAGCAGCUCUACCUCGCCAAAACCCUCAAGGGCGAUGCAAGCCGCCUCAGCAAAUUCAAGAUCCGUGUCGAGGAUCCCCCGAGACGCAAGCACAUGGUCUUCCUCGGCGGUGCCGUUUUGGGAGAAAUCAUGAAGAAGAACGACGCCUUCUGGAUCACCAAGGCCGAGUACGAAGAGAAGGGCAUUCGUGCGCUCGACAAGCUCGGUCCCCGCGGUGGAUAAAGAGGCUCCUGGCGAUCGUGUGCGUGUCUUCCCGGGGUACAUAUGACCCACAGUCUGCCCAUGCACCAUGGCGGCCGUGGUAUAUCCUCUGGACAGGCAAUCACUCGUUCGUGUACGAGACGGUCAGGCGAUCCCAGAGGAAUAUGCCACCGUGUCCGGCGCAUGUUGGGGAUCACUCGACAGCCUCGCGAGCAACAGCGUCGUCCCUCUGCGCCGCUCACUUCUGCGAAUAAAUCACCCGCCUUUUUGAUA